GGUGUUCAUAAUAGGGGAAACUCUAGACCCAAACAUUCCCGACUUCCGGCGACAUUCCCGACCUGCAACUCACCGGCGGAGCACACUGGCACGUCUUUGUUGGGGGGCUUCCAUCGGGCGGCAGGCACACCAAGCCUCCGACAGCUGCGAAUAGUUUCCGGUACCCAGCAAAGCUCCGACUGUCUGUCCUCGUUCUACACCUGCGCGGAGGGAAUUAUUUAUAGAGAAAAAAUAUGUGAAGUUUUAUCUGUGUAAUCAAACGGGCCAUCAUGGAUAGGAUGACUAUGGGCUCAUUGAGGUCCAGAACGAUAGCGGGUUGGAUCUUGGAAUUUGUUCUCCGACAACCGAUUGAUGAUUGGAUUGUCAACAGGCUUGUGACGGUGCUCCCUCUCCCUGAUGAAGACAUCCGUCUCAAGAAGAUUAUCCUUUUGCGGAGAAUUUCCUCAGAGGUCUCCAAGGGCACCAUCUCGGAGAAGAUCCUCGAUUCCCUAGAGAUGGUUGAGGAACUUGACUCCAUUGCCCCAAUGGUUUCCUCAGAAACAGCCACAUCUUCAAUGAGAACUGCAUAUGGGUAUGUUGUCGUGGCUAGCAUCUUGAGCUUCCUAGGAGACAACCCUGAUGAUGAAGCGGGCGAUUACUACUCUGCAAUGCAGAGGAUUUGGACAGAGCGGAUCAGCAAGAUGGAGUUGGUUAGUUCCAUGGGUUUCAUUCCUAGAUGCUGGAAAGAGGUGAGGAUGGAGCUGGAGGCGGUGGUUGUGGCAGUGGCUGGUGGGGAAAGAGUCCAUACUUAUGAGUUAAGGAAAGAGGCGGUUAGGGCCGCCCUGGAAUCAUUACAGGCAUUCUUGGUCAUUGCUGCUCGUGACCUAGGGCUACCCUUUCUUGGUGUUGUGUCCGGGUAUGUCCAAGGGAAACACCACGACCUAGAUGGUUUUUGGAGAAGUGUGGUUUCUUCAACUUUAGAGACAGACCAAAGGGCUUGUGCCCCAAUGCUGGAAGAGAACAUUUCAUCUCCUCAUCAGCCUCCAUCGAAUGGUUGUGGCCCUAAACAAGAAGCAAGUGCUGCACUUAUGCACGGGGAUGCACCAAAUAGAAAUGGAGGUGUUAGUCAUGUGCCGGUGAUUGGUGAUAGUAACUUGGGAGAUGGGAUUAGGUUGAUGCAAACACAAGCAAUCCACAAUGUCCAGGCAGCGCUUAAAUCAAGUGCCUUGAAUCUGCAGUUGGCUGUGGAGGAUCCUCUUCCAAAUGCACUGGAAAUGGUUCGACAAAUGGAAAAUAAGUCUAAAAUUGGAUGUGAAGAUUGUAACAGUAAAGCAUCAAAAGAAAUUCCGCAUAAUACUCUUGGAGAUCCAAAAACCGUGGGGGAAGCUACUGAGAUAGGUCACUCAGAAGAACCCAAUACUGGAAACAUGAGGGGCACUGGUUCAGAAGGACAAUGUACACAUAGCUAUGGAAGAAUGAUAAAGCCUAGCCUUUUUGACCGCAAUAAGACUGCUCAAACUUAUGAGUGGGAUAGUGAAUCAACUGAGCCUCUUUUGGAAAAAUCACAAAGUCAUUCAAGAGCUAUACAUCUACCCAGCCCAAAGAAAUUGAAGAUUUCACCUCUGCAGAGGCAAGAUGCUACUAGAUAUACUAGGCGAAGAAAAAUCAGGAGGUGGAGUCCAUUUGAAGAAGAAACACUACGAGAUGCUGUCAAAAAAUGUGGAGUAGGGAGCUGGAAGUUCAUUCUGAAUUGCCAUCAUGAAGUUUUUGAAGGAAGAACGGAGAUAGAUUUGAAGGACAAGUGGCGAAAUAUGACUCGUCCCUAGAUUUUGAAGUGAUUGAAACUUACAAGUUUUAUACCUGACUGCCUCUUCCCAUCUAGGUCUUGUCAUCCUUUUGUACAUGCUGCCACCAUAACAGGCCAAUGGGUAGGUUUCAUAUGAAAAAAUGUGAAGCUGGUUACCUUGUGUAUCCGACACAAAGAUGUGAAGUCUGGUAUAUUCACCUCUUUUUGUAAUGAAAAUGAUUAUUCAAAUGAAAAUUUUUCUUUGUUUGUGAUUGACGUUAUAUCAAUUUCACAAAUUGAUAUUUUUGUGAUUUCAUGGAGAAGGGUUGAAGGACAACGGUCGACAAUGAAAUUAGUUUAGGAAAUAGAGUUAGUUGGGAUAGCUUGGGUUUUGAGGAUUAUGAACAGGGUUGUGCAGUGGGCAGGCAGGCUCUAAUGGCCAACUGCUCUUUUGAAGAACAAAAAGGUGUACCUGCCGAGGUUGAAUGACAACCACUUAAAGGUUUCUGAUUAGGCUCUUGAGACUUGAGAGAAAUCAAGAUUAUUUCACCACUUCUGUGUGACACCCAGCAAGGUAGAGCGACAUCUGGUCUGUCAAAGGCAGAGUCCUAAUGAAAGUACAGUACCAACCCUUAUGAAAGGCUCUUGCAGCUGGGCCACACAAAAAUGCAAAAUUGGUAGAUUAUCUGAUCUUUCCAAGCACAGUCAAAAUUGGUUGCAGUUUUCCAUUUUGUCAUUUGUUAUUCACUCUGAUAAGGAUUAUAUAUGUAUAUAUAUAAGAUCUUCUUCUCAUCCACUUUUGUGUUCAGUAUAAGCUCUGCCAAUUUUGUUAUGUUGUUCCCUUCCGAGCCUUGUUGGGCUUGGUUUUGCUUCAUCUUGUUGAGAGAGUUCAGGUCUUCAUGAAUGACAUGUGACCAUUCACAUUAUGUGUAGCUAUGUCCAAGUAUGACUAUAUAUGGAUGUAUGAAAAUAAUAUACAUUUCUGGUUCAUGUCA